AUAUGCCGAACAAUUUUUUUUUCGAAUUUUCACGCUAACCGUGCCUUUACGAGCAGCAUUAUGUAUAAAAAAUACAUCAAUUCCUUCAUUUCUGCUUCAAACAACUGCUAUCACUUCGAAGUGGAAUAGACUUUUUCUACUCUUUUCUUUCUCUCAAAAAUUGACUCAAAAUAUGGGUCCUCGAUUUUUGACCUGGAAUGACAUGCAUUCGCUAUUAAAAUGUAAAGCAUAAAUGCCGGUAUAUAUAGCUUGUAAUCAGAUAUGUGUAUAUAAUAGUAUCCAUUAUAAAAUCAGUUCUUCAUUGAACUUUCGUUUUUUAUUUCAAAUAAAUAUAGCAGCUAGAGUCCAGACGUCACUGUAACUCGUGACUGAGAGAGCAUUAAAUUAGAUCUGACUGUUUAUAUUCUAUUACAGCUCCGUUACCGCUAUUUUUGAAACUUAUAAGCAAUCACAUUCAGUCAGAAAAAUUAUUUGAAAAGUGAGGAAAGCUUUUAUGCCCAGCGGCCACUCAUUGGCGCAUUCGAUUACCACCCUUGCCCACUUAGCGAGCAGCCACCACCAUUUAAGCAUUUUUUGGCAGUGACGCAGUUACUGUCUCCUCCUUAACUAACCCACACCGAAGCUAUGCACUGGAGUAUGUCUGUUGCUCGUUUCCCUUUGCGCACUGCAUCACUGGCUUGGCCUUCGAUUCGACGCAACGGCUCAUUGCCAUUGUUGUUUGUGAGUUUUGCGGUUUGCCAACGCUCGCUUCCUUCCGGCUUAACGCUUUGGUUGCCCUUGGAAGCGAGCCAUUGUUUUUUGUGCAUUUUAUUGCUGUUACGGUAUAUUUGUGUGUGUAUUUAUGUGUGUGUUGUUGUCAGUUUACGCUUGAAUUAUCUUUGGUAAUGUGGCAUAAAAUGUGGUUGAAGCAACAGCAGAAGCUUGGGGAAAGAGAAGCGCGCAAAACGAGAGUUGCCGAGGCUCUGAAGCGCAGCAAACGGCAAUUGCCAGUUAUCAGUUCAACUGUUAAGCCAUACAGCAUGAUUUAAAUAUUUUGUUUUUUUUUGUCGCUCAGCAACAAUAACAAAAAUAACUUGCAACAAAAAUAUGUAUAUAUAUAUAUAAACAAUAUUGAAAUGAAGCAAUAAUGAAAUAAAAUGUAUCAAAAAGUGGUGUGAAAAAGUUCUAUAGUGAAAGAAGCACAGCAAAAUCAUAAGCGCUUAAAUCGCCGCAGGUGUCCUUCGCCGCGCCGGGACAACCGCAUAAUCGACGCAUAAACUCAUUCAAAAUGAUUAACAAUAAUUUGGAUUAUGAGCGUAAUAGCAACACAACGCCAGCGGGUGUCGACAUCGAUGUCGCACCAGCAGCAACAACAACAACGCCGCCAACCACAAUAUCGCCAACCACGGCGAACAGCAACAAUCGGAACAGCAACAGCAACAGCAAUCACGUGAACGUCGACAACGGCAGCUACUUUAAUCGUUUCGACAAUCGCAUUGCCGCCAAUUUGGCAGCUGUGCUGACGGGUUCGCGCUUCCGCUCGUCCUCCACAUCUUCGCCCACGAAGACACUGCAAAAGACGAAGAAUGCGAACAUUCUUCGCAGCGCACAGGGUCUCUCCAAUUCAAGUACAAAUAUGCAUGCCGUCGGCAGCGCAGUCAACUCGCGUUACAAUGGCGUUUCAACGCUGGGUGGUGGCCGAAAACCACCCGCGCAUCUGCAGCUUCAUAACGGUGGCAGCGACUCGCGACCCUCAUCGCCCCAGCUGCACGGCUCGGUGGGGCGCAACCGACGUCCGUUGCAUUUAUUCACGCAAGCGAAUUUGAACUGCAAUGACAACGAGAAAGCCGCGCACACGCCACCCAGCUCGGACGAAGACAACUCACCCACAGAGCUGAAUAAUUGCAAGCGUUUGGUCGACAAACCGCCCCUGGUCAAGCGUUUAACCAUGGGCUUGUUGCGUUCAAAUGAGGAGUCACGACCGCUUGUCAGUAUUGGCACACCCACGAGCACAACAAAUACAAACACACUGUGCAACGCUAGACUGCACAGUUCGGCAAGCAAUAAAAUCUAUUCGAAUGGCUAUAUUAAUGAGGAGGCCUUUGAGCCGGAGAAAUUUAUUGCGAGCAAAUUCGGUGAUUCCUGCCGGCAAUCGCUGACGGCUAUACCCAUGCUGGACACGGUGAAUCUGAACGACAACAGCGAGUUCAACCUGAAGAAGCGUUAUUUGCGUGAAACGAGUAGUGCAAACUCCAGUCCGAAGAUUUUCGCCAAUCGCCUGCGCAAUAACACAUUAUCGGCCGCCAUACGCUCCAGCGCCACCUCCAAUUCCACCACAAAUACCACAACCACAGCGGAUGCCUUAGAUGAAACCGAGGAAGCUGAUCUCAAGGACGCCUCUUGGUUCCAAGCUGGCAUUUCACGUGACAUAGCCGUCGAAGUGCUGUCGAGCAAAAGUCCUGGUGCCUUCUUAGUGCGUAAAAGCACUUCCAAGCCGGGUUGCUUCGCCUUAACGCUGCGUGUGCCAUCGCCACCGGGACCAAAAACGGCAAAUUACAUUAUACUGCGCACGGCGAGAGGUUACAAAAUAAAGGGCUUCCGCAAGGAGUUCUCCACGCUGCAGGCCUUAAUAACUCAUCAUUCCGUUAUGCCGGAAUUGCUGCCAGUGCCGUUAGCCAUGCCCCGCCCAGCAAAUAUGACCUCAUCGCGGCGCAAUAUCGAUGACUUUGACACAUACGAUUCACUGCAGAUGCUGGUGAAGUACUUACGCGCAAAAACUUUGGAAAAUGAAUAGAGUCAAAUUGCGUGGUAGCGUUUAAUCAUAAGUAAAGUGGCUAUGGUUUGGUCUUACCUGAUGUGAAAAAGCACAAAACAAGCACAAACCAUUAUACGAACUGCGAAAAUUGGAAGAAUAAUAAGCUAAGCAAAUACCUUACUUGAAUACGCAUACGAGGUCAUCUCAGCUUCAUACUCUUAAACCACACAAUUGCUUCCGUUUACGCGUUGCAGUACUUUAACACGCUUCAUUACCCAGCAAUUAUCACAACUAUAACCAAAAACUUUCCACAGCCUAACUUAUAAUUUCUCAUUGCUUUACAAAAAGCACACAAAAUUGUUUCAAAUAAAUAUAUAUAUUGUAGAUAUGUAUAUGUAGCAACAUAUUUGCAUAUGUAGUAGGUAUAUGAAAGCAAAAAAAAAAAAACAAAAACAAAAUGUCUAUAGAAAAAUGUGAUAUCAUUAAGUGACACUAGGGGUGACUGCGGCGCCAGGGGAUCCAGGCUCCAGUUGCAAAACUACUUACAUAGUUUACUUAGUCUGUAUGUAUUUAAUGUUAAAGUUGUUUUGUGUAUAACUGUUAAGAGUGGCGAACGUACACUAUUGCGCAUUUAUAUGUAUGUGUGGCUAUGUACAAAUAUUAAUUAUAAUUAAUGCAUUAUUAUUUGUCUAAGGAAACGCCAUGUUUGCAGCAAACUUUGAAAGGUUUUCUGUUCAUUGUAAAUAUUGUUUAUUUUGUGCAAAAUCAAAAAUGUGAGACAUGCAAAAAUAAAUUUGUUUAGUUUUCAUAAAA